UUUUUGUAAGUAAAUUUUAUUUUUUUAUUUCCAUUAUUUCUCAGCUUUAAAGAAUACACUCACUUCAAAGAAUACAUUCGAGUACCAGGAAUGCUUCAAAUUGAUAGAUAUUUGAAAAAUAUUUUGCAAACAGAGGAGAGAGAGACUAUCGUUGUAAAGCCAGAAGAUCAGCGCACGUUUUUAUCGUUAUUAUUUUUAACCUCAAUUUUCUGCUGCAUAUCGAACUAUACUUAUUACUAUAAGACCAUUCUCUUCAAAAAUGUCCAACAAACUUGCUAUUUCAGAGACGAGAAAAAUGACGGUUCAAUUUUGACAGAUAGAUAGGCUCUAUCAUCGAGAAAAUAAUAUAUUGACGUUGACGUUGACGUUGACGAUGCCUGACAAGCUAUAAUUCCUUCGCGACGCGACUCAUAUGGCGAAGAACAGGAUAGCAUAUACGGGACACGUAUCAUUAUGUGGCGGUCUUUCGGGAAAUAAAGUUUCAUCAUGCUAGUCAACUUUUUGCGAGAGUACAAUAUCAACCGAUUAUUUUUGUCAAGCACGGGUCUUUGGCCGUUUCAAAAUAGGCUCGUGAGAAAUUCAUUGCGGACUUUUUGCUUUUUGCUUGAAAUAAGUUACUGUCCAUUCGAGAUAUUAUUAUUAUACGAUCAUUGGGAUGACGGACAAAUGAUUUUUGAAGGCUGUUAUCAAAUUGUCCUCUCGGCUUCUUUUCUCGUAAGGAUGGCAAAUGAGUUUUUGAACCACGAUAAGUUACAACAAUUAUACGAGAUUAUCGAUGAGCAUUGGAACAUAUUUACGAGCGAUAUAGAAGUUCAAGUUUUGAAAAACUACUCUAUGACGUCGCGAAAAUUUACGAAAUAUUAUUCGAUGCUAAUGUAUGUCAUGAUGUCGGGAUUUGUAGUAGUACCGUUAACACCAGCGUUUUUGGAUUUCGUGUUGCCUCUUAACGAGUCACGUCCGCGAUUUCUCGCCAUUGAAGUUGAAUUCAGAGUGAAUAAGGAUGAGUAUUUCCUACCAAUUUUCUGUUACACUACCGCUAUAAUUGUAGUGGGUAUAAGUAUUAUGGUGAGCGUUGAUGCGAUGCACAUCACGUGCACCGCUCAUGCUUGUAGUUUAUUUGCAGCUAUUGGUAAGGAAAUUGAAAGUAAAGUUUUGAAAACAAAUAAUAACAAUGAAAUCAGAAAAUAUGGAUAUCACAUGAAUAUAUUUGAUAUGUCAAACGAGGAAAUGAUAUAUCGAGAAUACAUAACGUGUUUAAGGAAACAUCAGCUUGCAAUAAAGUUUGUUGAUAUAUUAGAUUCCUCGUAUCAAGGACUUUCAUUAAUUGUAUUAAUAUUGGUUGUUGGAACUUUAAGUCUCAUUGGAAUUCGAAUCGUUUAUGUAUUAGAUCAAUUGGAAGAAAUAGCAAGAUUCAUGUUUAUAAUCAUGGGAGCAUUGUUGACUCUGCUGAUCGUGUGUUACUCCGGUCAGAAAUUAAUGGAUGAAAGCCAAAAUAUAUUUUUUCAAGCAUAUGCGACAAAAUGGUAUGAUUUCUCGCCUAGACUAAAAUCUCUACUGAUUAUACUUCUUUACAGAAGCAAUAUAUCGUGCGGAUUAAAGGCAGGCAAUAUAGUUCCAUUAUCGAUAGCGACUUACGCGGCGGUGGUACGGGUGAGUGUAUCCUACUUCACAGCGUUUUUAUCCCUCAAAGAUUGACUAUAGAAAUUUCACUUAUUGUUGUUCACCGAUAUGUCUUCGCAUGAUUUCAUUGUCAAUAAAAUAUAAUAAAGAAA